GGAUACGCUUGUAACGUCUAUAACGUCUAUAACCGUCUAUAACGGUCUAUAACGUCUGUAAGGCCUAUAAUAAACGAGAAUACGAAUCAGCGGUCCUUACCGGUCCUUACUCAACAACCUGAACAACAUGCGUGUGCGACGCUAGUGUCCGGCUCGUGUCUGUUUUCCUCAUGUCAUUUUUGUGGAGAGAAGGAAAUGGCAAAUGUGUAUCCUGUUUUUCGGAGAUGUCUUCUCCAUCAUCGCACACAGGCAUAUCUUGGUGCUGUAGGACAUGGCUACUGCAGAGAAUUUAAACAUGAUUCAACUCAUCAGACUGAAGGAAAUGGACAGAAAAGAAGAUACUUGAUGUACACUGCUGUUAUCACAACUACAACGCUUGCUUCCAUUUGCAUCAACCAUUAUGUAGAAGGUAGAAAGAAAUGUCUCCAAAUAGAAUCUCCAGUGGAAACAGAACAUGCUGGCCAGUAUAAAAAGAGCCUUCCUGUGUAUACAUUGGAGGAUGUAGCUGAGCAUGCAACUAAAAAUGACAGGAUAUGGGUUACAUAUGGUCAAGGUGUAUAUGACAUCACAGACUUUGUAGAAGAGCAUCCAGGGGGUGAUAAAAUACUGAUGGCUGCUGGUGGGUCAUUAGAACCCUUUUGGUUGCUGUAUGCUGUGCACAAGAAUCCACAUGUAUUUGCACUACUGGAACAGUUUCGAAUUGGUAAUUUGAAGGAGGAUGAAUCUUCUGAUAUUCUUUCAAACAUGGAAGAUCCUUAUGAGCUUGAACCAAGGAGACAUCCAGCUUUAAAGCCAGCUUCUGUGAAGCCUUUUAAUGCAGAACCUCCAUUGCAGUUGUUGGUAGACAGCUUUAUCACUCCUUCUGACCUGUUUUAUGUGCGAAACCACCUGCCAGUGCCAGAAGUGGAUCCUGAAACAUACAGCUUGGAGAUAACUGGCGUUGGUGUGAAGACCAUAUUUUUGUCGCUUCAUGAUAUCAAGACUAAAUUUCCAAAAUACACAGUGACAGCUGCUGUGCAAUGUGCUGGCAAUCGCAGAAGUGAAAUGAGUGAGGUGAAACCAGUAAAAGGUCUUUCUUGGGGACCUGCAGCUAUUGGAAAUGCAACAUGGUCUGGUGCUCGGUUGUAUGAUGUAUUGAAAGCUGCUGGGCUUGAAGAAGACCAUCCUGGUGUGGAACAUGUCCAGUUUGAGGGUCUGGACACAGAUGCAGCAAAUCUACCAUAUGGAGCAUCUAUACCUAUAGAAAAGGCCAUGAAUCGAAAGGCUGAAGUGAUUUUGGCUUAUGAAAUAAAUGGAGAGCCCCUUCCAAGAGAUCAUGGCUACCCAAUUCGGGUAAUAGCUCCAGGAAUAGUUGGUGCCCGUAGUGUCAAGUGGUUAGGGAGGAUUGUGGUAUCAGAAGAGGAGAGUACUUCACAUUGGCAGCGUAAUGACUACAAAGGCUUCUCCCCUAGUGUGGACUGGGACACUGUUGAUUUUACAAAGUCUCCAGCAAUUCAAGAACUUCCUGUCACAUCAGCCAUCUGCGACCCAGUUCAGGGAGACACUGUCACUCUCACACCUGAGGGCAAAAUGGUUGUUAGAGGUGAAUCAACAUAUGGGUAUGCCUGGUCAGGCGGCGGCCAGAAGAUAGUGCGUGUAGAUGUAACGGCAGAUGGAGGGAAGGUGUGGCAUGUUGCUCACUUCACUGGCCAGGACACCAAGUCCAAGACUCCCUAUCACUGGGGAUGGACACUGUGGAAGGCAGAGAUUCCUAUUCCUGCAGGAGAGAAACAGGUAGAAUUAUGGGUGAAGGCUGUAGAUUCCUCUUAUAAUACUCAACCAGAAAAUUUUGAGAAUAUUUGGAACUUGCGAGGAGUUCUCAACACUGCCUACCAUAGAGUCAGAGUAAAUAUUAAUCAGACCAAGAAAUAGUUCUCUGUAUUUCAUUAUUAAUUAGGGCAGCAUAUCAGCCUAUCUGUCUGCACUCCAUCAUUGCAGCAGUGUUCAAGUAACUAUGAGAUAUGUCUGCUGUCGGAUGUGGAUUUGUGGUCAAAUAAAUGCAACCUGAAGUUAAU